AAGGGGCGUAGUCGGGCUGGGGGUCAGAUCGGGCGUCGGGUGAGCGCUGCCGCUGUUGGCUGAGGGAGGUGCGAGCGGGCGGUUUCACCUCGCUGCCUCUCGUCCCAGCACGGCCCCGCCAUGCCGCCUCCCAUGCAGACCCAGCUCCCAGACUGGGACGGCCUGAAGCUCCGCGUGCGGACCCUCAUCGCCACGCACCGCGUCAUGAUCUUCAGCAAGAGCUACUGUCCCUACUGCCAUCGGGUAAAAGAACUGUUCAGCUCAUUAGGUGUACAGUACUAUGCUUUAGAACUGGAUGUAACUGAUGAUGGACCCAGUAUUCAGCAAGUAUUAGCAGAGCUAACUAAUCAGAGGACGGUGCCUAAUGUUUUUGUCGAUGGAAAACAUAUAGGUGGCUGUGAUGCAACUUACAAGGCUUAUGAGAAUGGAACACUGCAGAAACUUCUUGGGGACGUCAAAGAUGCAGAAACCUAUGAUUAUGACCUCAUUAUUAUUGGUGGUGGCUCAGGUGGACUCGCUUGUUCCAAGGAAGCUGCUACCUUGGGAAAGAAGGUGAUGGUAUUAGAUUAUGUUGUGCCAACACCCCUGGGAACCACCUGGGGACUUGGUGGUACAUGUGUAAAUGUAGGUUGUAUUCCAAAGAAGCUAAUGCAUCAAGCAGCUCUUCUUGGGCAGGCACUCAAAGAUUCAAGAGCAUACGGCUGGCAAUAUGAAGAACAAGUUAAACACAACUGGGAGGUCAUGGUAGAAGCAGUUCAAAAUUACAUUGGCUCUUUAAACUGGGGCUAUCGAUUGUCGUUAAGAGAGAAAUCUGUGACGUACCAGAAUUCCUAUGGAGAAUUUGUUGAACCACACAAAAUUAAGGCAACUAAUAGAAAAGGACAGGUAACCUAUCACACAGCACAGACUUUUGUCCUGGCCACAGGAGAAAGGCCUCGAUAUCUGGGUAUUCCUGGAGAUAAAGAAUACUGUAUUACAAGUGAUGACCUCUUCUCCCUGCCUUACUGCCCUGGCAAAACGCUAGUUGUGGGUGCUUCCUAUGUUGCCUUGGAAUGUGCAGGAUUUCUUGCUGGUUUGGGUCUAGAUGUCACAGUAAUGGUGCGUUCCAUACUCCUCCGAGGUUUUGACCAAGAGAUGGCGGAAAAAAUAGGUGCCCACAUGGAAACACAUGGUGUAACAUUCAUAAGAAAGUUUGUACCUACUCAGGUAGAAAGGCUGGAGGAUGGCACACCAGGAAGAUUAAAAGUGACAGCAAAGUCUACUGAGGGUCCAGAAAUUUUUGAAGGAGAAUAUAACACUGUUUUGUUAGCCAUUGGUCGGGAUGCAUGCACCAGAAAUAUUGGCUUACAGACAAUUGGUGUCAAAAUCAACGAGAAGAAUGGGAAAGUACCUGUAAAUGACAUGGAGCAAACAAACGUGCCAUAUAUUUAUGCUAUUGGAGAUAUCUUGGAUGGAAAGCUUGAACUUACACCUGUUGCCAUUCAGGCAGGGAAACUCUUGGCCCGCAGGCUUUAUGGUGGUAGUUCCACAAAGUGUGACUAUAUCAACGUACCAACGACAGUGUUUACUCCUCUAGAGUAUGGCAGCUGUGGGCUACCUGAAGAGAAAGCCGUUGAAGAAUAUGGAAAGCAAAAUUUGGAGGUUUAUCACAGUUUGUUCUGGCCACUUGAAUGGACAGUACCAGGCAGAGAUAACAAUACUUGUUAUGCAAAGAUUAUCUGCAACAAGCUCGACAGUAACCGUGUCGUAGGAUUUCAUGUUCUUGGACCUAAUGCUGGUGAAGUUACCCAAGGUUUUGCAGCUGCAAUAAAAUGUGGUCUCACCAAAGAACUCCUUGAUGAAACAAUUGGUAUCCAUCCGACUUGUGCAGAGGUGUUCACUACAAUGGAUAUUACAAAGUCUUCAGGACAAGACAUCACUCAACGGGGCUGCUGAGGUUAAACCUGCUGUCUUACUUGUUUUCAUACUCUGCACACUUAGUUCUGUGGAAGACCUUAUACAUCAAACUGUUGUGGGAUAGAAUAGACAUUUGCAUCAGUACCACUGUACGUAGUGCAGUGGGGAGUGGUGCUUUAGUAAGGCUUCCUCAGUAAAUAGUGUUGCAAAUGGAAACAGUAAUACAGCAGGGAAAUCUUGAACAUUAGAUCCUGACUUUGCUUGGAAUCAGCACUAAUGUGCUUUUUUGACGUUCUGGCUCGGAACCUUACAGUGAGGUGAGCUAUAACUGAUGGCUGCCAUGCAAGGUUGGGAGAUAUCUUCAUCCAGUCAGAUGACUGAACUUCUCCUGAAGGAAAUCCUCAAGUUGCACAAAUUAAAGCUGACGCUUCUAAGCUCCAGAAUCUUUGUCUAAAUGCCUGAAGUAGAAGAUAAAUGUAUAACUGAAUGGAUCUUACCAGCAGUUGAAAGUUAUCUUAUUUCAUUGAUGCAUUUUUUUAUUUAAUUGUGUAUCUAGUUGAGGCUAGAUGGGCACAAAUUGGAUGCAGUGGAUGAACAGGGCAGUUGAAGUCCCAGUGUCUCCCUUCAACCAGUCUAAAAUUUCAAAACUUCUAAGGCAUUGCUGCUGUCACAUUCAUAGUUUGACCUCAGGUGGCAUGUCUUUAAGAUGAGCAAUUGAAUUGUAGGAGUUCUGUGUCAGGGCUAAAGAGCAUGAGCACAGGACCUUGUCAAUUUGCUACUGCUGUUUAUGGCUGUACUUAGUGCUAAUAGUCUCAAAUCUAGCUUCAGCUCUAGUGUAAAACAUCACAGAAUGUAGAAACAUUACAUCUGUACUCUUCUGUGCAGUAUUAAAGUUUGGAAGAGAAGAAUCUUGGGAUAAUUUGCCCUGUUAAUAUAGUAGGUGCCUGUCCAUGGAGGUGACAUAUAUUGCAUAGAAUGUCUCUUUGGAGCUUGUGUUGCAGCAGAGAACAAUGACUUGGUAUGCUGUCAUACUUUGUGUAGUGUUGUGUACAGUCAUUACUCAGAAGUUUUCUUCCACCCCUGGCCUUCUACUCUGGGGGAAUCACGCUUGAAUUUGGCUCAUAGUUUUGUUCAAAGAGAUGUUUUGAAAGACAGUUUUGAACACUGUAUUAUAAUAAAUGAAUUUUUAACUAUUUAAUCUGAUGUAAUAUGGCAUUUGAAGUUCAAUAAAUAACACAGCAUUUUGUUGUCUGAC